UUAAGUCCCAUUAUGACCACAAACUUCCUUUUUCUCCACUCUUUAUCAAUCCUAUAAGAUCUUCCUUCAACUUCAAUUCAAACCUAUCUUUUUCCAAAGCAACAAUGGCCAACACCAAGUUACUAUUUUACUUCCUUUGGGCUACACUUGUGCUUCAAGGGGUUUCAGGAGAGAUUUUCACAUCAAGAAGAGGGCUACACUUGCAGGGCACAAACAUGGAACUAAUGAACAUGAAUUUAGGGAGAAGAUCGAAGAUUGGUUCCGUGAUACCAACGUGUACGUUCAAUGAAUGUCGAGGGUGUAGACACAACUGCAGAGCUGAGCAAGUUCCCGUCGAAGGAAAUGAUCCGAUAAGUAGCGCUUAUCGAUAUAGAUGCGUCUGUCAUAGAUAGUUAUUUUAUAAAAUUUUGGUUUCUAUAGUUUUAGACAAUUCUAUUACAUGUUUGUUUUUCUUACAUGUAUGAAAUUUUGGAGGAAUAUUUUGAGGUAAUAUACAACCUUAGCUAGACUUCGUUUUGAGAA